AUGGAGCGAGACGGACGCUGGUUUCUGCUGCGCGGUCGGCGGCGGUCGGUUUCAGUAUCCAAUGAGGAGGCGGGAAAGGAAACGAGAGCGGGAACUCCCUGCGCUUUGGAAGCGGUUGCGGAUGUAGCUGCUCCUCCUCUUCCUCCUCCUCACUAAUAGGUACCUUAGCUGUGAUGGGGAAACCAAGGGUGGCUUAACGUUGCCUGCCCACUGAGUUGUGGCUGAGGGCACAUUGGCUUCACGUGGCUGCGCGGCAGAAACUCGGCGGCAAAAGAGGGAAUUCUGGGCAGGCCGCCUCUAGUUGGGUGUUGGGAGGAUAUAAACGAGGGUUUCGAUUGCAGCUUUGCAUGUAGUUUGCCUUGCGCCUGUGGCGCUUGGCACAUUCCCGGUCGUCGCGCCUGCCCUGUGCAACGCCCUCCCAUCAGAUAUCAAGGAAAUAAACAUCUCUGUGAAUUUUGGGAGGCAUCUGAAGGUGGCCCUGUACCAGGGAGGUUUUUCAUGUUUGAGGGUUUUUGUUGUGUUUGAAUACCUGGUUGGAAGCCGCCUAAAGUGGCCGAGGCAACCCAGUCAGAUCGCUGGCAAAUGGAUAAUAAAAAAAUACUGUUACUGGACCCCCUCCUUCCUCCAUAUUCAAGAUUUCCAUUGUCUCUUUGCUUCAAAAACAUUAAGUGGGGAGGGGGCCCAGCUAAAUUUAAAUUCAUUUAUUAGACUUAUUGGGAUGGGUGUGGUUAAAAUUACAUGGAGAACAAAUAGAAUGCAUGCCUUGACAUAAAGAGGUCUGUUUUCCUAGUAAACAUUUAAUCAAAAAUUGACUUUGCAUAUUGAUUUGGAAGGGGCUGGAGGAUGUAACUAGAGCUUCCUAUGCAGUCCCCUGUUGUGGGCAUAUUCUGCUGCUGUACUUCGGAUACCCAUUUUCUUUUAUUAAACUCUUUUUGUUCUGGCUUUCCAUUUGUAAUGGCGUCCUCAAAGGUAGACUCGCCCCUCUUUCUAUGGUUGCACUUUGGUUCCUUCUACAUAUUUUUUAUUUUGGCACUCUGCUACCUAGAUUAGCACCUGGGAGACCAGGGUUCAAAUCCUCACUCAGCAAAGAAGUUCACAGCCUAACCUGUCUGCCAGCAUUGUUAUAGGGAUUAAAUGAGGAGGGAAAGAACCAUGUACGCCACUUUGAACUCCUUGGAGAAAAAGUGGGAUAUUCAAAAAAUAAAUAAUAGUCUGUAUUUGAUGAUAUAAUAAUAAUAAUUUAUACCCCGCCCAUCUGGCUGAGUUUCCCAGCCACUUUGGGCGGCUCCCAAUCAGGUGUUAAAAACAAUACAGCAUUAAAUAUUAAAACUUCCUAAACAGUAUAUAAUAUAAUACUGUAUGUGACACUUUCUUGUGCAGUGGCGUCUGAAGAGUGAGAUGCUAUAAGAUAAAGGUAUGGUAGAUAGCAAUCCUAUCAUCAGAUCUGUAAAAUAGUAAUAGCUACCACAGCAGAGAUGUGGAACCUGUGGACCUUCAGUUGAUGCUGGACUACAACUCCCAUCUUCCCUAUUCCAAUGGCCAAGAUGGCUGGGAACCUUGCAAAGUACUUAAAACGAGGUUAUUAUCAUGAACAAAAUAGGUAGUAGUCUAUUAGAAUCGAUUUGAGCAUAAUUAAAGAAGCCUGUCAACUGAAAAAGUAACACCUGCUGUUGCAUAGUAGGGGAAUCUAAUUACCUUGGAGCCUUGAAGCGGAAAGAUAAUCUUUUAAAUACUCAUUUCAUUUUUUGUCUGACUGUAGGGUCUGUUCUCAAGAACAGUUGCGCAAAAUGCUGCCAGAUGCUGGGACAUAUCACUUUCCUUGGGAAAUCAACUCCGCAUUGAUCCCAGAAGGGAAGACCCUGAGAACCUUUGGCAGGUCAGUGUAAUUCCUUUCGACCUUAAGAUUUCUGUUUCUUUUGGUCAUCCUAUCUAACAUUACUACUGCUACUCUUUUUUGUCUCUUCUUUUCCUUCUGAUUCCUUCCUUUAGAUUCCAUAAAAGAACCAAAUUCAUAAAUAACCAAAUGCCACAUGUAAGAGAAAGCAUAACGAGUUUGAUUUCUUCCCCCCUACCCUGCACAUCUGUGAAAAAAACUUGUUUUGUUUCCUGUCUCCCGUUUACUAUAUCUGUAACGAUUAAGCCCAACCUUGAGAUCAGCAGGAUAGAGCGGGUUAUGACUGUGUGGAAGUGCCCCUCUCUUGGUGAGGAAGGCCUAUGCUGGUGUUGGGGUGUGGUGGUUGUGGGGAGACAUCCGCAAUCCAGGCCACUGCUAGCUCUACUGGUGGUGGGAGCUAGUGGUAGUCCAUAAAAUGCAGUAGUUUUGGGGACUUAGAUGUGUGAGAUGCUGGCUUCCUUGGAUUUACUGGAGCAAGUGUGGGGAGUGGAGCUCUUUAAAAAAGACAACCCAAAAGAGGUACAUCUGCUCCCCACACCUCCUGCCCUAGAUGGUACAAACUGGAAGGGAUUGGGAAGUGACAGAUCAUUAUUGUUAUGUUAUUGUUGUAAACUGCCUUGAGAUUUAUUUUUAAAUGAAAAGUGGUAUAGAAAUGAUUUUAAAUAAAAUGAAUCACCUACCACUUCACUCUUCCCCCCCUCCUACUUAGGACUGGACUCUCAUCUGUUGCAUAGUGUCCUUGUUAGUUUAUUAAUCCAUGUGUUGCACCACCAUUAGAUGUUGCAAAGUAUUUGUUGUUGUUGUUUUAGUAACAUAGUUUUUAUUCAUCUUCACUUUUAAACUGUUUAACAUGGUUGCAUUGUUUACAUUAGAGGAUAUGAUGUGCAACAAUGAUAUAAAAUUUAAAAUGAAACAACGAUAAACACUCAAAUAAACAUUUCUGAAUAGAUUAACAAAGUUAUGUCAAAGUGUAUAUGCCAAAAUCAUUACAAUUAUUACAGAUAUGAAAUUAUGUCUAGCAACAUUUAUUGCUUUGUUGACCCUUAGUAAGAGGUAUUUUGUAUCAAUAACAAUUAUAAUUUAUAGGAAGGGGGAGGGGAAAAAUUAAAAUGUGUACUUCAUGCAUGCUAGGCUCUACUGUAAUCUAUAGGUACUGUUCCGCCGUAUGCCUCAUUAUUUGUGUAAUCCAUAACGUCACAUGUAAAAUAUUCAUUUUUAUUUUUCUGGCACAGAGAUGAAUAUGUGAGUUAAAAGAAAGAAACAUUAGGCUAACAUUGAGUUAAUUAUCCUAAAUGUCAUAUUGUAUGUAUUUUGAGCUCAGGCACUCAUUCAGUGCACUGCAAAAGAAGUUUUGGAAAAGCUUCAAAAAUCACCAAAGUCUUCAAAAACCUCAACUGUUCCCCCAGCCACCCACCCACCACACAGAAAUUGCAAACCCUUCCCCAACUGUUGCAAACCCCUCCCCAACGGUUCCCCCAGCCACACAUGACACAGAAAUUCAAACCCAGAUUUAUUUAUUUUUAAAAAAAAACAUGGCCCAAUGGUCACAGAAAAUCAAAAAAAUUCAAAAAAAAACAACAACAAAAACCACACAAGCUCCCAGAUUCUUGCAAACCCCUCCUCAACUGUUCCCCCAGCCACCCACCACACAGAAAUUCAAACCCAGAAUUUUUUUUUUUUUAAAAAACCAACAUGGCCCAAUGGUCACAGAAAAUCAUAAAAAUUCAAAAAACAAACAAACAACCCCACACAAGCUCCCAGAUUCUUGCAAACCCCUCCCCAACACCAAGUCCUUGAAUUCCAAACACCCCAACCCAAAAUCCAAAAACCCCCAAAAAAGUUUUAAAAGUUUAACUUACCAAAUGGUUGCAAAAGAAGUUUUGGAAAAGCUUCAAAAAUCGCCAAAGUCUUCAAAAACCUCAAAAAAGGCUACCACACCGCAUGCUAUGAGUUGCUCCUCAAAGUCAAGUCGCAACUGCACCUCUUCAAGCAAUGCACCUUGGGUUUUAACGGUUUUACGAAAAAGGAAACAAACUUGCAAGACGUUUUCGUCUUGCGAAGCAAGCCCAUAGGGAAAUUCGUCUUGCGAAGCAGCUCAAAAACCGCAAAACCCUUUCAUCUAGCGAGUUUUUCGUCUUGCGAGGCAUUCGUCAUGCAGGGCACCACUGUAUUUAAAUACAUUAUUUGAUUAUUUAAUUUCUGUACUACUUAAUAUAUUAAAAAUAUCCAUAAGCAGUGUACAAAAAACUGAAGCAACAACGGCCAACUUGAAACAAAAUCAUUCUGCACAUAAUUUCACAUUCUUUAUUUAUUAUUAUCAACAUUAUUUGAGACCCAAUUUUUUGUUUUUCAGGCUACACUCCUAUGAUGUGGUCAGCUCCCAAGCCAUCUUAACAGCUCAGCAGACUUCAGUUCAGCACAUUAUCCAAGUUUGUACCAAGUUUGUGGAACCAUUCCAAGCCCAGCUUGGGGCUCUGUAUAUUGUACUGGGGAAACUGAACAUAAAGAGGGUAAGAACACUUGUAUUUUUUUCUAUCCGUGAAACCAGGAAUAGUCUAGAUCCUGGCCUGGUGGACCAGCCUUUAUCUCCUCCACCCCAGUGAGCCAACAUUGACAGGUGGGCAGGACCACCCGCCUGCCAGUCAUCAGGCAUUAUAUUGAUGUUGGGUGAGUUGUCCCAGCCACUUGCCAAAAGUUGGCCCACCAGGGGCGGGAGGAGAUCCUGCACAAAGCAGGAUUGAACUCUUCACACAACAGUUAAUACGCGGGGAGUUCAAUCCUGCUUUGUGCAGCUGCUUCUCUACCUGGCCCACACCUGUAGUCACAUAUGGCAUCAAGUGUGGGGCAGGUAGGUGUGGUUUCAGAGAAAUGGCCUUGCAUGUUUGGCCCAUGGGCUGGAGGUUCCUCACCCUUGGUCUAGAAGGUAAAAUAAGUAGUCUUGGGAAUAGGGACCCUGAUCUUCUGAUGCAAUCCUUUUGCAUGAAAGGAAAAUGACAUUAGCACUGAUUUAAGUUAGUACCUAAUCACUCCUGUUGGUGUUUCCUUUUCAUUCUCUGGAACUGUCACAGGGAUAGCACUUGUUUUCUAAUCAUGCUAGCCCUCUGCUGCAAGCCAACUUGUUUGUUGCAGCCUGGCUUCUUGUAAUUUUAUGUAAAGGUGGCAACGUUUGUUCCUGCUCAUUAUUUGAUAAUAAUGGAGCCAAUCUCGCACUCUGUUUUUCAAUUUUUCAAAGCUCUGCAAUUUUAAUCUGUCUCCAUCUUGUUCCAGAAUUUCCCAAUAUUUCGGCCAUUUGGCCUCCAUAUUGAGUUUUUUCUGUGCCUUCGCUUCCAUUGGUGACAACCAUCUUGUGGUUUUCUUUUCUAACAAGUCCUUAUAUCUUAUCCAGACAUUAAACAAUGCUUUUCUAACAAUAUGAUUUUUAAACGCUUUAUGUGCUUUUACCUUAUCGUACCACAAGUAUGCAUGCCAACCGAAUACAUUAUUGAAACCUUCCAGAUCCAACACAUCAGUGCUUUCAAGAAGCAGCCAUUCUCUCAGCCAGCAAAAAGCAGCUGAUUCAUAAUAAAGUUUAAGGUCUGGCAGGGCAAAUCCACCUCUUUCUUUGGCAUCAGUUAGUAUCUUGUUCCUGGACUCUCUUAGCAUAUGGAAAACACCUUUGACCUGAUUGUAUAACACAGAAGCUUUAAGCUGCUUGUGUACCCUUAUUAAAAGUUGCAUUGCCUAACCAUGAGACUUGAAAUGUUGAUUUAUGCUACAGUGGUAGUGAAUAUUGUGUGGGAGGCACUAGGGCUAGUGCACGUACGUUUAAGCCUCUGGGUGAGGAGGAAAGAAGAAUCAUGUCCUUAUAUUCAGCUACACUGAGGACACAAUUCAAUGCAUUUUUCGAAGUUCAUUUGGAGGUGUUCAUGCAGUACUGAUUGCUUACAUCUGUCAAAGAAUCCCACCAGUUUUGAUGGCCGUAUGCAGUGGUGGCCUCCCUAAGAACAUAAAAGGAGGCUGCUGGAUUAGGCCAAUGGCUCAUCUAGUCCAGCAUCCUGUUCUCACAAUGGUUCUCCAGAUGUUAUUGGACUACAGCUCCCACCAGCUAUGAGCAUUGUCCAUGUUGGCUGGGACUGAUAGGAGUCCAACAACAUCUGGGGGCACCAUCUUGGCUACCAUCCAUGUAUGUCUGUGGAACUACUGUUGUCAGUCUAGCUAGCUUUCCUAAAUGGCCUCAGUCCAGUAUACCUGAAGGAGCGUCUCCACCCCCAUCGUUCUGCCUAGACACAGAGGUCCAGUGCCGAGGGCCUUCUGGCGGUUCCCUCGCUGCGAGGAGCCAAGUUACAGAGAACCAGGCAGAGGGCCUUCUUGGUAGUGGCACCCACUCUGUGGAACGCCCUCCUUUGACCAGAUGUCAAAGAGAAAAACAACUACCAGACUUUUAGAAGACAUCUGAAGGCAGUCCUGUUUAGGGAAGCUUUUAAUGUUUAAUAGGUUAUUGUAUUUUAAUAUUCCGUUGGAAGCCGCCCAGAGUGUUUGGCGAAACCCAGCCAGAUGGGCAUGGUAUAAAUAAAUUAUUAUUAUUAUUAUUAUUUAUUAUUAUUACAGUAUGGCAUUAUCUCAAGGAAAUGGGUUGUUGUGGGCUGUUGUUGGCAUCCGUCUGUUUUGGGAUACAAUGGAAGAGUACACUUUUUUGGGGUGAAAUCAAACAGUGCCUGCUGUGACUUUAGAGACUGAUAUGGGAGAGACAUGUUUUGUUGCAGCAGGGGCAGAUGAAGGCGUCCAGUUGUGCUGAUGCAGGUGUACCAUGGCGUCUCUUCUUUCUGCGCUCCUCCCAGCAGACAUUCCUCUUCUGGUCACUGCUGCAGAUACACAAGCUAGCUUGAUUGUCUCCAGGCGCUGUGGUCAUUUGCAAGGGAUUCCCACACGAUGGGGUUAAUGUUGCCAGCCUUCAUGCUACACUUGCCAACAUCUUUGUAACACAGAGUUGGUCUGCCAGCGGGCCUGGUGUCUGAAGCCAGCUCCCUGUAGAGCACAUUAUUGGGAUCCUGCCAUCUUCCAUUCUGUGGAUAUGACUAGCAUAGGCGUUGCUGAGACAGAGGUGCAAACAUGCUGGGAAUGUGGGCUUGGAAGAUCACAUGUUUGUUUGAGACUCUGCCCUGCCAUGUGAUGUCUUCUUCUUCACAGGAAAGCAUUGCUGAGGGGGCAGAUUAUAGAGCAGAAUUAUGGGGCAGGAGGAUGCAGCCUCCCCUCAUUUGGUGCUUCGCCCUUGCAAAACCACAAACGCACAAAUUUCAGAUUCUUUUACAAACAUGCUUUUGGAACUUAGCUGGGAUAAUAGUGGCUAUGGGGAUGGAAGAAGGAAGGUGAAAAGGGUGGGCAGGGGAACAGUUAAACACUCUUCCUGCAAACGGCUUAUUCCCAAUAUCGUUUUCCUGUGUAAAAGCAGUAGCUGGGAGCUGAGAUAAGCAAUUAGCUAGCAAAACGACGUUCCAACGAGAGUGCUUGGAAAAUAUUAUAUUCCUGCAAGAAAAGAAUUGCCUUCAGGGAGGACUUUUGAAUUCUCUUCAGCAAAGGGAUAACUACUUUAUACAUGUUGUGUCUGGGAGAGCUCCUGCUAUAGUGUGGGUAUUCCUCAGCACCCAAAUACCAGCAUUUCUUCGGCACCAGUUGUAUAUUUUAGGAGACCUGGACCCCUGGCACCAAUUAGCCUGCUAGCUGACAUGAUCUGCAGAUGGAUCGUUUGGAAUCCUAAAUAAUUAAGUAGGUUUCUGGGUGAAAUGUCAAAUGACAACACCUUCUUGUACCAAGUAAUAAUUAUGAUAAUCACUCAUAAUUCAAGCACUUCUUAGUUGCACACUGAGAUACAGGAGACGUGUGACUUAUUAUUAGGUUUUCUGAAAUUUACUGUGCCUUUGUACUUGUGGGUAUUCAAACUCAGUUUUCAGACAAGUAGGUGCUCUGGAAUUAAUCUGAAUUGGUUGAUGGGGGUGGGAAUUGAACAGACAAAAGUCACUGUUUGGAAUAUUACAUGUGAAGCUGAAUUUGAAAUUAGAAAUGGCUUCUAGGACUUGACUGCUCUGAAUCCCAUGACCUAUAAAAUAGACAUACAGUUACCCUCCAUCUCUUUCCACUUCAGUGAUUUCUAGCCAACUAUUUCCCAUAUGUCAUAUUUAGCAAAGCACAGUGAAAAUGUGACCUGCUUAAUUUCAGUUUUCAGCAGGACCUGUUUUAAAUCCACUUCUAGAUUUUUGCACCAGCCUAUCGUCGUGUGCUGGUGUAAAGUUGCAGUGGCAUUCUGCAUUCUAAGCAUUUGUCAGCAUACUGCAGUUGCAAGACUGCAUUAUUGACCAUGACGGAGCUUACGUAGAUUAUUAAAAAAAGUUGCCACAUUUCUGAUGACUUUAAUUUUUAUAUUUACAGGUAAUGAGAUGGUGA